AUGGUCGAUAACCAUGCACGGAACGAUGACAUUGUGAUUUUGGUUGUAGGUGGUGUUGGGGCGGGCAAGAGCACAGUGGGUCUCCGUCCUCGAUCGAGUGACGAUGGCGCGCUUAAUGUUUGCAUCAAAGCGGGGGAUAAGAUGAGAGAUGGCACCCGAGACGUUUCUGACUUUCAAGUUACCAAAGUCAAGUUCGGCCGCUGGCUGAACAGGAGAUUAAUUCUCGUCGAUACCCCUGGGAUCGAUGACUCUAAUCAGCAGGCUUCGCAGGCGCGAGUCAUGAGCAAGAUGACGGCCUGGCUUGAGAAGAAGUACGUCUUUGGAGCCUACCUCAUCGGCUUCGGUUUAACCCUCCGUGCGGCCGCUAGUUAUAAGUCGAGACACAUCUCGGGAAUUAUCUGGGUCCAUGAUACGACUGUAGCACUCGUCCGCCACAGCUACCCAUCGACUAAGACUCUCCAGGCCUUCAAGAAACUUCUCGGGACGGAGAGUCUAGAGCGACUUGUGCUGGUGGAGGCGUGGCCCGAGAAGAUGCCCAACGAAAGCCUUGAGGCGAGAUGGCGGAGAGAAGAAGCCUGGGAGGAAGCCUCGCAAGCGCUUGUUGCCCCUGGCAGUGCAUGGCACGCCAUGGUUACUAAGAACCGUGCUCACCGAAUGAAGAUGAAUACGCGAGACAUCAAUGACACGAACGCUGUCCUUGAGCACCUCCUCAGGUUCCAGCCCCCCGAUGACAUUCUGAUCUUGGUGAUGGGUCCCACUGGAGUCGGAAAGAGCAAGAUCAUUAAGGCGAUUACGGGGUGUGACACGAUUGAGGAGGGUCAUGGCCUUACAUCGUGCACUAAAGACGUUUCGUGCUAUUCGGUCGCAGAGCCAAAGGUCUUCGGGAGCCAGGCCAACGAAAACCUGAUCCUCGUCGACACUCCUGGCUUCGACGACACGUACGACGACGGCACGCAAGUCUUGAAGAAAGUUUCCGAGUGGCUGAAAGACUCCUAUUGCGAUAAGAAAAAGCUCUCAGGUAUCGUCUAUCUUGGAGACAUCACUCAAAAGCGCAUGGGUGGGUCAGCACGCUUGAACUUCAAGGUGUUCAAGGAGCUCUGUGGUCGGGAAUCGUUCCAAGGUGUGGUAAUGGCCACCUCGCAUUGGGACGAGCUUAUCACACCAAUCAGUCGAGAAGCGGGUGUGAAACGAGAGAAGGAACUAAGGGAGACUUUCUGGAAGGACGUCUUGGCAGGAGGGGGUGCCAUGAUGCGAAUCGAAUACGAUGCUCAGGGCCGGUCGAACGCUCAAGGCGGAGUUGGAGGAAUAUCUGGCAAGCCUUCGAGAGCGAACUGGCGAGGACUCGGAGCGACCGGAGAUUAA